GUAAUCUCUCAAAAGAUCAACAACUUCAUCGACCACCGCAAAAAUGCUAGCUCGUCAAUAUUACAACGAGAGCGAACUCGCUAAACUCACCCAAGUGAUUCGUCAUUUUUUCCUCGAAGACAACCCUUCCAAAUGGACAUACAUUGCGGUUACCAUGAAAAUCGAACAAGCCAGACACCUGGAAGGAGGCGACCUCUUUGCAUCCGAUCCUUGGCCAAUUCGCCAAUACAGCAUUCAAGCUUGCCAGAAGAAAUGGUAUUCCAUGGUGAGGAAAGGCGAGGUUGAGAAUGCUCAUGCUUCAUGGGAUGAUGAGCUCGCAAUUCCUGAUUUGAUGCAUAACGUUUGGGCCAAGGAAAAGGAAGAAGAGAUGCUCUCUAUCUUCUAUGGUACUGACUUUCCUGAAAUCCCAGACGAUGUUUUCAAGGAGAUCGAAGCGGAGCUGGAACGCAAGAAGGUAAUGCAAGCUCAGUGAGCACUCUGCCUUCAUCUCGCCCAACUCCCUUUUCUCGACUCCGAGAAUCAAUCA